AGUCAAAAUUUGAUUUUGAUCCAUCCCUUCCCGUCCAUUCCAUCGGGGGAGGGAGAGAGAGACAGGAGAGGAGAGGAGAGAGCACGAUGGCCAUGGCGCAAUCACUUCUAGGAGUACCAUUCUCUCGCCUCCUCCCCCCCUCCUCCUCCUCUUCCUCCCCACCAACACCGACAACAAUCCCUCCACCUCCACUACCCUCCUCUUCUUGGUCUCCUCCAUCCCGCCGCCGCCGCCGCAGGGCCGUCGCGGCGGCGUCCUCGCUCCACCUCGCCCCGGAGGACAUCGCCGAGCUCGUCCGGAACAAGGUUCUGAUUGCGGCGACGGCGGCGAGCGCGGUCGGCCAGCUCUGCAAGCCCUUCACUUCCUCCGGCAAGGAUGGCGCCGCCGGCGCCUUUGACCUCCGGGCUGCCGUCCGCUCAGGCGGGAUGCCCUCCACCCACUCCGCGGCUGUUGUGGCAGUGGCUACCUCGCUUGGGCUAGAAAGGGGCUUUGCAGACUCCAUUUUUGGUAUGUCAGUGGUGUUCGCAGCAAUCGUAAUGUAUGAUGCUCAGGGAGUAAGAAGAGAGGUGGGCAAUCAUGCAAGAGUUUUAAACAAGUUAUUGACCCUUCGCGAGAAGAUCACUCAAAACCCGGACGACAAUUCCUUGUUGAGUUCCACCUCUGAACUCCACUCCUCAAAGCCCGAGACGGUUGCCGAGCUCGUUUCCGUGGCUGAGAAGCUUGGUUCUUCACAAGGUUCAUCCGCGAACCCCUUCCCAAUCCACAGUUCCGGGACCAAAUCGUCGAGAUUGAACGCCCUUCAGAGUUCAGAAACAGAGGUAACUGAAUUUACACAGCUGAAGGAGGCUUACACAGAGGAAUGUGACCGGCUGAGCGAAUCAGUCGGCCACACUGAGCUGCAGGUUGCAGCUGGUGCCCUGCUAGGCUUCCUUGUGACCUUAGUCGUCUAUGCCACACUGUAACACAACUAUCAUCUUCACAUUCUUCAGUUCAUUAUAUAGAUUGUUUACUCAACAAUCAAUAUAAUUACACGAGGAAUUCACAGUUAGCACCACAAAAUUAGCUUGCUUUCUGCACUCAUUUAUUCAGUAAGAAAUGUAUGGGCAUUUUAUGGUUCUUGAGAAAGCACUUGAGCACAUGUAGGUACUGAAAUUUGACAGUAAAACCCCGGUAGUAAAAUUAUCCACAAAAAUUACCCAUGUAUAUUCAUAUUCUAUUUAUUUAUCUUCUCCAUGCAUGGUCACAAACUUUGAUGAGCGUGGUGAGACAAUUUACUAGUCAUGGCCCCUGCAUUGCUGCUGCCCUGAUCUGACGGAGGAAGAAGGAGCAGCAACGUAACGCAUCUGGCGUCGCUUAGGUAGCGACAUCUCUGUGGAAUUUCCUGCAUUCAAGAACUCAUUGGCCCUCGUAAACAAAGGAGAGGAGUGCAGCUUAUGGCAAAGGGGCUAUAUAUGCAGCCAAACAACCAUGGGGAGGCUUGGCUAGCUAUAGGCGUCAGAUUGUAUACUGCAUUAUUAUAUAUACUACUACAUGCUAGUUAAUUAUAUUAUGCUAAAUACUUGUUUAUUCUGA